UAAUAAUAAUAAUAAUAAUAAUAAUAAUAAUAAUAGUAAUAGUAGUAGUAAUAAUAAUAAUAAUAAUAAAAAGAAAAAAAAUAAUAAUAGCGAGUGCGUGGGAUUUGGUGGUAGUGCCGCGAUAGGACGACGAAGUUUGAUUGUUAUCGUACCGGCUUUCUAGGAGUUCCUAAAAAAAGAAGAGGAUAAAAGGGGAUUUAAUCUACUUGGAAUUCUUAUAUGUUCAUUUUGGAAUGUAAGUAAAAGAAAAAAAAAAGAAAGGAAAGAAAGAGAGAGAGAGAGAAGAAAGAAGAAAAGAAAAAGACAGGUCGCAGUGGGUCACCGUUGCAUGUCCUAUGGUAACUUAGACUAUGUACGUGCCGAGUGUAAACCGCACGUAGAAUCGAGGGGACAAGAGGGACAAACUCGUCGUAAGACACGAGAAGGUGGAGGUGGAGAAGGUGGAGGUGGUUGUGAAGGAUGGAGACUCUCUUGUUGUAUCUCGUGGCGAUCGCCGGGAUCGUUCGUAAGAGCCAAGGUAGCCUAUUGGGUGUUGGCCUCGAUGAAGCUGGCGAAGAGUUCCUCAACGAGUACCUGUCGCUCGACGAAAGCAGAUACCUCGCCGAAUUGCAGGAGUUUCAAGACGCGGCGAUCGAGAUUGAUCUUAUCGGGAGCAAGAGGCAUCGGCAGCCUCACCAGGAGCCUAGAGUACUCUAUCAGAUUGGGGACAGCGAAGAAGAAUUGCCAGAGUGCUCAGAUCGAAGCGAAGUCUGUAGUAAAGUAGAUCUUUAUGGUGCACCAUGGGUCGAGAGACAAUGUCGUUGUCCUGGUGGACGUGCUUGCCCUAGUAGCCUUCACGCGGAUGAUGGACAUACGAUCGUCGAUAAAACUCGACAAUAUAAACUCUGUGAACCCGUAAAGCGUCUUCCUAUUUGUCGUUAUUUCAAAGACAUCACGUGGACGUUGGCACCUGGUGGAGGACCAGCGAACGCAACAGUACAACGUGUACACUGUCGUUGUCGACCAGGCAGUGUACCAUAUCUUGUCCGAAGACAACCCCAUAUCUCUCCAGAGGGUAAUUCCGGAUUCAUAUAUGCUUUCGCCUGUUCGCCGCAAAGCAGGCUACGUUGCCAGCACAAGGAACCUUGCAGGCUGUUUACCGUUCGCAAAAGAAGGAGCUCACAGUUGGAAGAAGUAAACGCCUCGCCUCUCUGCCAGUGUCCCAGGGGACACCGUUGUCCCCGACGUCACACGGAUCCUGGAUCAUUGCCGGCGAGAUCUUAUUCCGGCAUAUUGGAGAUCAAAACUUAUAGUGGUUACUGCGUACCUUCGCAUCAUCCUGAACCAGUCUACACAGUUUGAAAGGGAGAGAGAGAGAGAAAACGAGAAAGAAAAAAGGACGACGAUCUCUUUUUCUUCUUUUUUUUUUUUUAUUCCUUUUUUUUCUCUAACGAAAACAAGAUUUUUCGAAAAUUUUCUUUCAAUUAUUAUAAUAAUUCCAACGAAAAGUAUUUUUCAUCGAUUGUGACAUAUAACGCAUGAAGAAUAAGAAGAGAGAAAGUAAGAAAGAGAAAGUGAGAGAGAGAGAGAGAGAGAGAGAGAGAAAGAAAGAGAGAGAGAGAGAGAGAGAGAGAAAGUGAGAGUGAGAGAGAUUAGACAUUAAUAAUUAAAUGAGAUCUUCGAACUGUGACAUGAAAAUAGUACGAGAGAUUCCUAUCGAAGAUUUGUCUAAUUCUUCUUUCUUUCUUUUUUUUUUAUCUUCAAAAAGAAAAAGAAAAAAAAAACACGAAAAUCAAGAAGAAGAAAGAAAAGAACAUUAAAAAUUCGUUCGCGGUGCGACGAUUUUAAAUGAAGGCAGACAUUCCUUUUCAUUCAAAUCGCCCUUCAAUUUACGUUUACACGAAGAGGGCUUGUAAAGAGCUUUAAAUUGCCACGAAAAAAAAUCUUUUUUUUUAUUGUGUAUGUAUUAUCCGAGAAAUGCGUUACGAUGUUAUUUCGUUACUAUGUUUAUAAUAUUAUUGUCUAUUAGUUACAGUUUGUAUAGACAGAGUUAUAGUUCAUUCGUUUCGAUAAUUAUUUAGCAUUCUGUUAUAUAUAUAUAGUAAAUAGUAUAUAUAGCUACAUGUAUAUGUAUAGAUUUUGAGCGAGUAUCUUCAGUUAAGAAAGCGAUGCUAUUAGAUCGCAUUCGAUACGAUUUUGAAAAGAAUUCAACAUCGAUGAUCGAAGGAGAAAAGCUCGGUUACCUGGAAAUACUCUCGAUCGUAUAAUUUUCAUAAUGCGAUUUAGUUCGUUCAUUUAUAAUAAUUACUUCGUAAACAUUCCAUAAUUUAUGUUAGGUUACUCAUAUUAUUAUUCUUAUUAUUUUAUAAUUAUUUUUAAUUCUUAUUGAAUGAAAUUUUUAAAUUAUUAUUAUUAUUAUUACUAUUAUUAUUAUUAUUAUUAUUAUUAUUAUUAUUAUUAUUAUUAUUAUUAUUAUUAUUAUUAAUUAUGCGAAAAGUGGCAAGUUCCAGGAAAACAGGUUCUAAUAAUUAAUACUAAUUAUCAGCAUUAGUAUUAUUAUUAUCACCAUCAUCAUUAUAUUUAUAAGUUAAUUAUUAUUAAAAGGUCAUUCAUUUCGAUUUUAUUUUUAA